UUGCUGUGUUGUAGAAGGCACUGGGUAAAGGAAGUAGACUGAUUCAGAAGUUCUUUUCCGUCGAUUCGCCAUGACGGGGUUCAGUGAGAAGGCCAUUCUCAUAGAUGGCAGGGGCCAUCUCCUUGGCCGAUUAGCGGCUCUUGUCGCCAAGACUAUUCUUCAAGGCAACAAAGUUGUUGUAGUUCGAGCAGAACAGAUUAACAUCUCUGGUAACUUUUUCAGGAGUAAACUCAAAUACCUGUCUUUCUUGAGAAAACGUUGCAAUGUUAACCCAGCUCGCGGCCCCUUCCACUACAGGGCACCAAGCAAGAUCUUCUUCAGAACAGUCAGGGGAAUGAUUCCGCACAAAACUGACCGCGGCAAGAAGGCGCUGAAGAGGCUGAAGGCGUACGAGGGCAUCCCGCCGCCAUGGGACCACCGCAAGCGGAUGGUGGUGCCAGGGGCGAUGCGCAUCGUGUGCCUGAAGCCAGGCCGCACCUACUGCCACCUGGGCCGACUCAGCCACGAGGUCGGCUGGAAGUACAAGGACGUGGUCAGGGCGCUGGAGACCAAGCGCAAGCUCAGGGCUGUCUUCGACAUCAGGAACAGGAACAGCCUAAAGAAAUUGACGAAGCAGGCGGGCGAGAAAAUCCAGAAGCGUGCUGAGCCCUACUCUAAGAUCAUAAAAAGCUAUGGUUAUCAAUAAGAAGUUUUCUAUUUGAAUAAAAUUUUAAAAUUGAAA